GCGAACACUGGGCGCAUACACACACAUAUUCGCAUACACUCACACGCUGGGCUCACCAUAUUAUCGACAGAUCCGAGGCAGGAGUACAGUACGAGGAGAGCACAUACAAGUGACUUCUUCAGUGAGAGGAACCGAGAGGAAAAACGCAGACAGAGAAGCAGAGGAAACCCCCCGUAAGGAAAUGCCAAUCGCAGCCGCUGGACAGCCAACGACUCUUGAGCCCAGAGUUUGCCCCCGGCUGCCCUCCACCCCGGAGCCUGUCCCUAAAGGGGCUGAUUUAUUCGACGAGGCGGGGGCGGCGGAGUCGGCGGAGCGAACAGAGUACGGGGGCGCGGAGGGGGGCAGAGGACUCGGGGGCUACAGCUACAGCCACAGCGGCGCUAGGGGCUUUGUACAGCCCGGAUCCACCAACGGCUCUCCGCCGCAGUCCCCAGCCGCGUCCUCCUCUUUUCUCUUCCACCCGCUUCACCCCCACCAAAUGGCCAUGGAGCCCCCAAGGACUCGAUCGCGUUCUCGUUCCGGAUAUUACCAGCAGUACGGCGGUGGGAACGGCAAUGGAAUAACCGGCAGCGGAGUCAUGGGAUCUAACCAUCACCACCACCACCACCAGCAGCAGCAGCAGCAGCAACUACAUCCACAGCAGCACGGUGCCGGUUGCGCACCACUUGGAGCUCACAGCAACCACCCGGAGAACCAGCCAAGAGCCCCAGGAAGUAACGCCUCUCCCGGCAUUCAGAGGCUUUCUUCGGUUCCCGGAGCGCACCGCAUCCCGGCGGAAGGAGCCUCUGGAGGGUCCUACCACUGCCAUCCAGAUCAUGCAUAUGGAGACGAGAGUGAUAAGAGCGAGGAAAGCCCCAGUCCAAAGCGCCAGAGGCUGUCCAGUCAGUCUGUCCUGGAACAGCUAACCUCAGCCGUUCCCCCACCAACCACCCCAUCUCCCCCUAUCCGCCCCUGGGAGUCAGGACCCCCAAGUCGGAGACAGCCUCACCCCCACGCGCACUACCACCAAGAGAGAUGCCUCACCCCCGCUCGGCUCAGACGCAGCCCGCCAGCUAGGCGUCAGCGCGGCCGUCUCUCCAGACCCCCCCGUCACCUGCCUCCCCACCACCACUCCACCCAAGGCCCCGCCCCUCGCCUGUCGCCAUCCGAGCACCAGGAUGAGAACUACCACCACCACCCCCCCACACACCAGACGUACACGACACACACGCCUAGCGUCUACAGUCAGCCUCCCACAGCCGGGGGGGGGGCCGUGGGCCUGGAGGAGCCCCGAGCUUUCCACCCUCCCACCCUACCACGACUACUGCACCCUGCUGCCCACCAUCAUCACCCUUACCACCACCAUCAGCAGCAGCAGCAGCAUCAUCAGCAGCAGCAUCAUCAGCAGCAGCAUCAUCAGCAGCACCAUCACGCAGCCCAGCAGCAGCAAGGAGCCAUGGUCAUGGACCUCCAUGAACAGCUGCAGCAGGCCAGUCUCCCGGUCUCCUACACGGUGAACCCCGUCCCCCCGCACAGUCUGGCAGCGCCCCUGUGUAGCGGCCAGCACCUGCCCCCUACCUGCUCCUCUCAACAAGUCCCCGCCUGCAGCGUGGUCUUCAGCACUGGACAACACUACCACCCGAUGCUACAGGCGUGUUCAAUGCAACAUUUGCCGAUGCCCUAUGCCUUCCCCUCGCUGCUGUCCGGUGACCCCCAGUUCCUGCUUCCCACCCCCCCCCACCUCGCUCACCACCCGCCCCACCUCCCCACACCCGCACAGUUCCUGCCUUUCCAGACGCAGCAGCCACGAUCGCCCUUACAGAGGAUUGAAAACGAGGUUGAGCUUCUGGGAGAGCAGCUUUCAGUGGGCGGGGGCUUCAGCUACGCACACCAUCACCACCACCACCAUCACCACCAGCCCCCUCCCACCCUGCCCCCCUCCACACCGCUCCAGUUCCUCUCGCACCACGACCCCCUGUCGCAGGAGCUCUUCACAGUGCCCUAUCCACAUUUUAUGCCUCGUCGAUUCACCAGCCGGCGUUACCGCUCCCAGCAGGCGGUGCCCCCGUCCCCCUACCACCCCAGCUUCCUGCCAUACUUCCUGUCCAUGCUCCCUGUGCCCCCCACUAUAGCCCCCACUAUCAAUCUGGAGCUGGACGUAGACGACGGAGAGGUGGAGAACUAUGAGGCCCUGCUGAACCUGGCGGAGCGUCUCGGGGAGGCAAAGCCCCGCGGUCUGACCAAAGCAGAUAUUGAACAGCUUCCAUCGUACCGCUUCAACUCCAACAACCAUCAGUCUGAGCAAACAAUGUGUGUGGUGUGCAUGUGUGACUUUGAGUCUCGCCAGCUCCUCAGGGUCCUGCCCUGCAAUCACGAGUUCCACGCCAAGUGUGUAGACAAGUGGCUUAAGGCUAACCGAACAUGUCCUAUCUGUCGAGCCGAUGCCUCUGAGGUCCAGAGGGAUUCUGAGUGACCUCAUGUCGACACUCACAAUCCCACACUCCCUUUUGGAUGCACCAACCAAUCAGUGAACUCUCAUACACUUCCCCUCACACAUUCUGCCACACACCUGGGGACCAGUGCUCCUUAGUCCUUCUCUCGUUAUCACCAAAAACACUGCACAGUUAUCCUGGGAUCAGCAAACCUUCUACUGGCUCACUUUACCGCUGGACUUCCUUGGCCUUCUGUUUUUGGACUCUUACACCCUUACUCUGCCUUCUGCUCAUGGUCACCCCUUUCUAUGAAUGGCCUUUGAAACUCACAAACAGUGGCAUGGUCACGUGGACAUAUAUAUAUAUAUAUGUGUAUUUUUGUAAUACUCAAUAUGAGCGUGAAAAGACAGAAAAAAACACUCUUUUUAAGGGAGUUGUUCUAACAAAACAUUAAGGGAGAAUUGGCAGUCCAAAGAGUAUGGCAAUUUCAUCUGGUUAUAAUUGAGCAUUCACAUUUCUACUAGGGGUAUUAUAAAGACAGUUGAACAGCAUCAUUGUAUCUUUAAUGUCUGUAUGUGCAUUCCUCAGUGUGAAAGUAUUCCGUUUGGGGUUAAACAAAGAAAUUGCACACUGACAAAGCUCUCUCGCUCUGUGUGGAAGUGUGUUAUUCUUCCUUUAAUAUUUAUACAGUUCAUCGACUUCCUAAAUCCUGUAACUUCAGACCGGUUUAUGGCUGAGAUUCACAAAUCACACCUAAGGAAAACCUCCAGGAAGUCAACAAUGCUUUUUUGUUCCGUUUUGUUACCCUCAUUAUCAUGAACCCCCUCUUCAACUCAAACCCAAUCACAUGAUGUCGGCACAUUGUCCUGUCCCAAAUAAGUAACAGCUGGUGGCUUUGGUAAGCACACUAUGCUGACCUGAAGGAAACGGAUCCAACAUAUCCACCAUGUAUGGAAGUCCUAAAAGACCAUGGUCUUUUAGGACUUCCAUACAUGGUGGAUAUGUUGGAUCCGUCCACAUUUUUCAUUACCCAAAUUUCCCCAUGGUAACAAUUUAAUUCCACUUUUUUCUCUCAAAAAAUGUAAUUAUCUAAAAAAACAACACGUGUUGUUUUCCUGAGAUAACGCCUAUUAUGUCAAUUCAUGAGAAAAUGUUUUCUUGUGAUCUUAAAUUAACUAUUUUAUUAUCUCGAAAACAUUUUAUCUUUUUAAAAAUCAUUCAGGAAAACAACAUUGUUAUGUAGAGAUAAUGACAUAAAUAACUUGAGAAAUCUGAUCAAUUGUCACUGGAAAACCGGGUAAAUGGAAUGUUUGAAGUAUGGCGCUUGAGGGCUUCCGUAGAUUUCCCUCAAAGCAGUUUCCUACAGAGCUGAAUGCAUAACCUUCAUCAAUUACAGAUUUCCCCAAGACAUCAUACAUGCUGAGUUUACUAGCUUUCUUACGGGACUGAGGCCUUUGAGAACAUGUUUCUAUAUCCGUCUGGGUACUCAAGCAGCUUUCUGUGAGUGUUGGUAGAUAUUAAUGCAAUGUUUGAAGAGACUUAUAAGGUCAUAGCUUAAUCUACUGUUUCACCAGACGGUGGUUGUGACACUUUAGCACUUUAAUAUGUAAGACCUACACGCUUUCUUCAUUGUAAAGAAACCACUGAUCAGUUUUUCCGCAGCCCAUGUGUGUUUGAGAAGAAUUUGAAUGCAUUCUGAACAUUAUUCUCUCGCAUCCACAGCAACAAUAUGUCAUACUGUAAGCCGAGGCAAGUUAAAACAUAUUCACCUCACGCACAGAGAAGGAUUUCUAAUGUAACCGUUUCUAUCCCAUCACAACCGGCGUUUUCUUUCAAGAUGGCAGCCUUACAUAUUUACAUUCACACUCUUUCAAUGGAGAUGCCUUUUCUCCUUUUGCAUCUCGUCUCUAUCCAAUGUGUCCACAUCAGACCAAUACAUCCGUUCAGACCCCAGUUUAGUUUUUUAAAUCAACAUUCUCAGUGGAGAACCAGAGAGAAGCAGUUGUUUGUGUAUAAAGUCAUGUUAUAUCCGAGGUAAUGGAGAGAAAUUACAUUUGAUGUCCGUCUUCUUUUUUUUCUUCUUUUGGGUAAAAGGCCAUAUUUAUGACUGUGCAUCCUGGGAUUGUUUUGUGUUGGACAGUUUUUUUUUUUGUUAUGUUGCUUGGUACAAUAGCAAUUACCUCAGUCCCACUAUUUAUGUAUUUCCUGAAAAUGGCGCAGGCAGUAGGAUUAGUGCUCAUCAAUACAUGUUGCUAAUAUUUUCCAUGCAAGCUGUUGGGUUGUUUGAAUAUUUUUACUUUUAAACUUUAUGAAGCUCUAUCAAAAUGGUGUCAUAGUAGUUUUCAUUCUGUAUUAUAUUUGUAACCAAAUGAUUUGAAGGCCUGUUAUGAUGAUAAUGACAUUUUUAACAAACAUUUGUACAUUUUGUAUGAGAGUUAUUACUAGUAAUACUUUAUUAAGUAGUGCAAUGAUUUUUUUUUAAUCCCUUAUCCCAUCUUUUGGAUUUCAAAAGCUGGUUCAAUAAUAAAUGUAUAACUUCUU